UCUAUUGACAGUCAUUUGUAUAUUAUCAUUCCAAGACCGAAAACAAUUCCGUAUUGGAAAAAUGUCCUAAUGCUAUUCUCAUUGCAGAGCUGGAUAUCAAUGACUUUGACGUUUUUCCUGGCAGCAGUUGUAUUUCACAUUGUAGUUAAAAAAUCUCUAGAUGAAAACAGGUUCGGUUCUUCAAAAGAGAUCGUUUUUUACGCUUUGACAGUUAGUCUCAAUAUGGGUUUUCAUAAAGUUCCAAAAACAACGAGACUGAGGACUUUGAUUGGUUCUUGGAUGUUUUACACUCUGAUCCUCGCUGCAAUUGUUCAAGGAAAAUUAUUUAGUUUCAUUAGCAAACCACCUUUAGAAAAGCCUAUUACGAAUUUGGAAGAACUUGCAGCGUCUGAUGUCCCAAUAAAAGCUCUAGAAGUUACUAAGCGUUUGUUCAUGUUCAAAGAUAAAACAAAUGAUAUCAUUUUGGAAAAAAUUGAAAUUUUAGAAAAAGUGGAAAGUUUGAAUAUCAUUGCCGGUUACGCUCUCAAACAAAAUUUUGCCACAAUAGUUGAUGACGGUGUCCUGAUUUUGGAACCGAAUUUCAAAAAACUGAUGCAGUACUUCACUAUAUCUAACAUUCUGAUGGUAUUUUACAUGCCCUUCGACCAUGUACUGAAUGAAUACUUCGAAAAAACUUUGCAUAGAAUAGUGGAAAGUGGUUUUUUUAGCCAGUCCAUAUCCAAAUGGAAACACAUCUACUCUUUGAGAAGUAAAAUAGAGGAGAAAGAAAAAACGGUGUUCAGUAUUGGCGUACAUCAAAUAGAAUCCGCAUUUUUUGUGCUGGCAUUUGGUAUAACAUCCGCUUUUUUAACAUUCAUUUUGGAACAUAUCACACACAUUUUUACUUCAAGGCUCGCUUCAAAGUGUGAUAAGACUAAAACUUAUACAUCGUUGAUUUACAUCGAGUGAUUCACUAUGAAUAUACCACUAUUAUAUAUUACCUAGUAUACUAAAAAUUCUAUAUCCUUAUAGAAACUGUUGCGUCAAAAUCGAAUGUAUUUUUUUGAAAUCAUAUCAUAUUUACAGGUAGAAAUAGAUCUUUCAACGGUACAAACGUCCAUAUAGGACGAAACUGCAGUAACGUUAGUUAUAAUUAAAAGUGGUAAAAAACAUAGAAAUUUUCAUUUCUCUUUUCACUACAAAAUGAGUUGAAAAAAAUUAUUAUUAAUAAUACAGUCAUUUUGCAAUCACGUUCGUUACUGUUUUUCACCGAAUGAGCCUUUUUCCUGAGAAUAGUACAGCGAACGUGUCACGAGAGGCGGCACUAGCGGUAGGGACAAACA